AUGGUAUUUGGCCUAUAUGCAACAGCAAAUUAUAUGCAAACUCCUUGGUAUAUGCGCCAAAGCCUGUAUGAAGAAAGGUAAACUGACCUCAGCUGGAAACAUAGUAAUAGAUGAAGACACAGAAUUGCAAGAGUUGGACCAGGAAAGGAUAUACAAAUGCCUGGGUGUAGAUGAGAGUGAUGGUAUCCAGCAAAGCAAAUUGAAAGAGAAGAUAAGAAACGAAUACAAUAGGAGAGUCAAAUUGAUCCUAAAAACUGAGCUCAAUGGAAGAAUCCAAGUAGAAGCUAUCAAUAGUCUUGCAGUCCUAGUUGUGUCAAAUAGACUGGAAAAUUUCCGAACUUAA